UCAGGUGUAUUUAAGAAGUCUGAUGGCUGGGUUGGCUUAGGCUGCUGUGAGCUGGCUAUUACCUUGGAGUGUCGACAAGCAUGCAAGCAGGCAUCUUCAAAGAAUGAUAUUUCCAAAGUUUGCAGAAAAGAAUAUGAGAAUGCUCUUUUCAGUUGCAUUAGCAGAAAUGAAAUGGGAUCGGUGUGUUGCAGUUACGCAGGUCAUCACACGAACUGCCGAGAAUUCUGUCAAGCCAUUUUUCGAACAGACUCUUCUCCUGGUCCAUCUCAGAUCAAAGCAGUGGAAAAUUAUUGUGCCUCCAUUAGUCCACAGUUAAUACACUGUGUGAACAAUUACACUCAGUCCUAUCCGAUGAGAAACCCAACAGAUAGUUUAUACUGCUGUGACAGAGCUGAAGACCAUGCUUGCCAAAAUGCCUGCAAGAGAAUUCUGAUGUCUAAGAAAACAGAAAUGGAAAUUGUUGACGGUCUCAUCGAGGGUUGUAAGACCCAGCCCUUGCCUCAAGAUCCUCUUUGGCAGUGUUUUCUUGAAAGCUCACAAUCAGUUCACCCUGGAGUCACUGUACACCCUCCUCCCUCAACUGGCCUUGAUGGGGCUAAAUUGCAUUGUUGCUCUAAAGCAAAUACCUCAAUAUGUAGGGAACUGUGCACGAAACUUUAUAGCAUGAGCUGGGGCAAUACACAGAGUUGGCAAGAGUUUGACCGCAUCUGUGAAUAUAAUCCAGUGGAGGUGUCUAUGUUGACCUGUCUGGCGGAUGUCCGAGAGCCUUGUCAGUUGGGCUGUAGAAACCUUACUUACUGUACAAACUUUAACAACAGGCCGACAGAACUUUUCAGGAGUUGUAAUGCUCAGUCAGAUCAAGGAGCCAUGAAUGACAUGAAGCUGUGGGAGAAAGGAAGUAUAAAGAUGCCAUUCAUCAGCAUUCCUGUUCUUGAUAUUAAGAAGUGCCAGCCGGAAAUGUGGAAAGCAAUCGCUUGCUCACUGCAGAUUAAACCUUGCCAUAGUAAAUCUCGGGGAAGUAUUAUUUGCAAAUCAGAUUGUGUAGAGAUUCUCAAAAAAUGUGGAGACCAGAACAAAUUCCCUGAGGACCACACAGCUGAAAGUGUUUGUGAGUUCCUGUCUCCUGCAGACGACCUGGAGAACUGUAUUCCUUUGGACACAUACCUCAGGCCAAGUACUUUAGAUAACAUUGUAGAAGAAGUGACUCAUCCCUGUAACCCAAAUCCUUGCCCAGCCCAUGAGCUCUGUGAGGUGAACCGAAAAGGGUGUCCAUCUGGAGAGCCCUGUCUUCCGUAUUCUUGUGUCCAAGGCUGCAAAUUGGGAGAAGCUUCUGACUUCAUUGUCCGUCAGGGGACACUAAUCCAGGUGCCAUCAUCUGCAGGGGAAGUUGGUUGUUACAAAAUCUGUUCAUGUGGACAGAGUGGACUCUUGGAAAACUGCAUGGAAAUGCACUGCAUAGACCUCCAGAAAUCCUGUAUUGUUGGAGGAAAGAGGAAAAGUCAUGGAACAUCCUUUAAUAUUGACUGCAAUGUCUGUUCUUGUUUUGCUGGCAAUUUGGUAUGUUCCACCCGCCUCUGCCUCAGUGAGCACAGUUCAGAUGAUGAUCGUCGCACCUUCACAGGUUUGCCGUGUAACUGUGCAGAUCAGUUUGUCCCCGUGUGUGCUCAGAAUGGACGCACUUAUCCCAGUGCCUGCAUUGCUCGCUGUGUGGGUCUCCAAGACCAUCAAUUUGAGUUUGGACCUUGCAUCUCCAAGGAUCCCUGUAAUCCUAACCUCUGCCCAAAAAACCAAAGAUGUGUACCCAAACCACAAGUCUGCCUGACCACUUUUGAUAAAUUUGGAUGUAGCCAGUUUGAGUGUUUGCCCAGACAGCUAACCUGUGACCAGGUCCGAGAUCCUGUUUGUGACACAGACCACAUGGAGCACAACAGUCUCUGCACUUUAUACCAAAGAGGAAAAAGCCUUGCCUACAGAGGCCCAUGCCAGUCUUUCUGCAGAGUCACAGAGCCUGUCUGCGGGCACAGUGGUGAGACCUACAGCAGUGUGUGUGCGGCCUACUCAGAACGUGUGGCCGUGGAUUACUAUGGGCCCUGCCAGGCUGUUGGGGUCCUCUCGGAGUACAGUGCUGUCGCUGAGUGUGCUGCUGUGAAGUGUCCUUUGCUCUCUGCCCCUGGCUGCAAGCCCAUCAUCCCACCUGGUGCUUGUUGCCCAUUAUGUGCUGGGAUGUUAAGAGUUUUAUUUGACAAAGAAAAAUUGGACACUAUUGCUAAGGUAACGAACAAAAAACCAGUAACGGUUCUGGAGGUGCUUCAGAAGAUCCGCAUGCACAUAUCUGUUCCACAGUGUGACGUGUUUGGAUACCUGAGCAUCGAGUCAGAAAUCGUCAUCCUGAUCAUUCCUGUCGACCAUUAUCCAAAAGCUUUGCAGAUCGAGGCGUGCAGUAAGGAAGCAGAGAAGAUCGAAUCCCUCAUCAACUCCGACAGCCCCACACUGGCAUCCCAUGUCCCUCUGUCUGCCCUCGUCAUUUCCCAGGUGCAGGUUUCCAGCCGCCUGCCAUCAGGGGCCAUGGAGGCCAGGCCUCACUACCACACCCUGCUCCUCCUCAGCCUGGGCAUCGCUGUGCACUUGCUCUGGACAUGUCCCUGACAGCUCACGGAAGGUGUGACGUGUUCAUCAACCAGGUGUCCUAGGACUGCUUCCUGGUGGCCCAGUGAAGGCCCAUGUUACCUCUUAUGACCACACAGUAUUUUUUAACCUGCCACUAUUAGGGACUUUGCCUUGGUUUUACAAAUGUUAAAACAAGUUCUUCCAUCAUCAUGAAGAUGCCACCUCUUUCUGGCGGGUCAGUGCACCACAGUUUGCUCAGUAGGUAGGUUCCGUUCUCCAAAGCAAAUUUAACUAUCACUGACAAGUGAGAUGGUUACUUUUAGAAAACAUCCCUUGCUGUUGGAGUCAUGACACAGGAACUUCAAGUUCCUGAUGAAGGCUGCCCUGUUUGUUUCUGUGUGCAGAUCCUGACCCACUCUGUCUAGCAGCUCGGCUCACUGCAGUAAGAGUGCGGAGUGAAGAGAAAGCAGCUCUGAAGUCAUGUGACUCAGUGGCAGGCUUUACUCGUGGACAUUUAAGGCAGGACCCCCAUCUACUGUGUUAAACAAAACCAAGCUGACCAAAUACACCCAUAAAACUUUAUGUCGUAAGACGCCCUCAGCCAUCACUAUGUUGUGCCUGUGACUUUACUGAAAGGGAGAAGUUACACUGCAUCAGAAUAUCUUGCAACACGCAGUUUUUACAUCAGUAUUCAAGUCAAACAGAGAUUUUAAACAUCAAUCUUUAAACCAAUUGCUGCUACUUAUAUAAUUGCCAAAAAUGAAAUAAUUAGUAGUUCAUGUAAAUAAUACAUGAUUUUUUAUUUUAUUAUGAAGGUGAAUAGCCAUGUUUAUAAAAUGACAAUCGUGUGUGUUAGCCCAAUACUUUCUGUUCAUGAAAACAUAUUUGCUUUCUUUGAUGUGCACAAUGUAGAUAAAUGUUCCAUCUGACUUUCUUUUUUGAUAUAGAAUUAUAAAGAAUGGUUUAUAUAUUUAAAAUGUCAAGCUGAGUAUUAAAAUGUUUGCAUGUUGUCUAAGAAAUUGGAUACUUUGAAUGUGUUUCACAGUUUGAAAUAAGCUAUUCAAUGUAUUACUUCUUGUUUAUAUGUACCUGAACUUGGGUUUUACAUGAAGUAUUUUUCAGUGUUAUGUGUACCCUCUGAAAUAUAUAGUGAUAAGCUUAUUAUACCAAAAUGCUGUUGAAAUGGGCACUUAAAGCUUUCAGAAUAUCUCAGUCCUGAUGGUAAUGUAGCAUGUUUGUUGCAAUUGCUUAUUUCUGUCUAAAUGUCUUCAAUAUACUAGAAUAUAUUGUAUAUAUAUAUAUUCUAUAUAUAGUAUACUGCAAUAUACUAGAAAGCUUUUCUAUUUUAAUAAAAGUAAUUUCAUAUGA